AUGGCUCGCGGGGGAAUCUUCGCCGCGUGCAUGUCAGCGUCCGUCGCCCGGGCGGCCGGCGUCGGGACCUCGUACGGCGCCGCGGGCGUCGGCGGAGACGGCGCGUCGCGCGCGCGCCCCGCGGCAUUCGACGAGCUGCGCGAGGAGACUGCGCGGGAGGCUGCGCUGAACGAGGUGUUUCGGAAGGAGUUCGCCCGGGAGCAGCGCCGUCUGCAGCGCAGCGUCGACGAUAUCGUCGACGCCGCGAAGAGGGGCGGCAUCGACGGUGGACGGACGGGCGGGGGCGGCGGCGGGGGCGGAAGGGCCGGCCGCGCGGGGAACGCGCGAUGGUCGGGAUGCGCCGCGGUCUCCGCGACCCUCGUGCUGGCGUGCGUCGCCGCGCUCGCGGCGCUCGCCUACUUCGGCGGCAUCGACGACGUCGUCGCGAUGACCAUCGCACCCAUCGCGCAGUCGAACGCGCGCGGAGGAGCGCCCUCCGCGCGCGCGCGCGACGCACCGCGCGGCGCGCAUCCCUUCGCCGCGAGGAUGCGACGCGACUUUGAACAAUCCAGACGGGAGGUUCGCGACCUGCACAGGAAGCUCGACGAGACGACCGCGAGGGAGGAACGACUGGAGGGAUCGCUGAGCCCGUGGGCUCUCACCGCGUCGCUCAGCCCGGACCCGCCGCGGUACCUCAGGGACGAGGACGAGGCGACGUGGAAGGCGAGGGAGAAGGCAGAGGCGGAUGCAAAGGCAAAGGAGGCGGAAAAGGCGAAUGAAAAGGCGGCGAAGCGCGACGAGGACGCCGACUUCGUCGCCGAAAAGAAGGACGAGCCGUCCGCGCGCUCGUCGAGGGCGUCCCGCAAAGCGACGGCGCCGAGGCGCGCCGGAGGCGGGAAAGCUUCCUCCUCUCGCGCGUGA